AUGGGAGGACACACCCGCAGUGACAACAAAGGUCCUACUCUGCUAAUACUCACGUGUAUUCUCACAUCUCUGGCUAUCAUCACGACCAGCUUGCGUUGCUGGGUGCGAUGGGGAAACCGACAACUAGGGUUCGAUGAUGGAGCAAUGGCUUUGACAACUGCCCUUGCAGUAGCUCGCAUGUCUAUCCAGAUCGUCAGUGUCCGCUAUGGCAAUGGGAAGCACCGCGAAUUUGUUUCCGACCAUGACUACCAGACGAUCAACAUGCUCACCUGGUACACACAAGUCUUGCUCUUCCCGACUAUCUGUUUGAUGAAGGUUUCAAUCUGUGUCUUGAUCUUGCGCAUCAAGGACACACGUACUCUCAGAUAUGUCCUUGGAAUCGUCAUUACAGGAUUGAUCUUGACAAACUUUGAAUGCUUGGUGGUACUGCUCGCUGAAUGCUCACCGCUCAAAGCGUACUGGGAUGGCACAUCUGCGGACCAUUGCUGGCCUGCCAAAGUGCGGAUAUACAGCAUCUACCUCCAAGCAUCAUACGCCGUCGCGACGGAUGUAGUCUGCACCAUCUUACCUAUUCAUGUGGUAUGGAAAGUCAAAAUACCACUUUCGACAAAAGCUGCAGUCUGCGGAUUGAUGAGCCUGGGUUUGGUAGCAACAGUCUGUUCAGCCAUCCGCGCAGCAUCUCUUGGGACCACAACCGACGAUCUCUCCUACGCCUACUGCAUCGCCGCGAUAUGGGCCAACACCGAACUGCUCCUAGGCAUCAUCGCAGCAAACCUCGCUCUCUCCCGCUCCAUCUACAAAUACUUUACCGAACGCGCGCGAACGUUAACCUCUAAUGCUUCUGGAUCGAGAACAACACGUUUGCGCGAUAGCUUUGCGACACCGACACGGAUGGGCUAUGUCAAGUCUCCAGAGCCUUUAUCGGUUGUUGAGACUGCUGGUUCGCCGCGUAGUGAGGCAAGUGCGAUACCUUUGCGACCUUACAAGCACGAGGCAAGAAACGUUGGUAUAGAUAGUUUUGAGAAGGAGACGAGGUACUGA